AUGAAUGGUUUUGUGUUUGAUCUUUACAAUGGUUUAACUGAUGCAGGUACCCGUAUUAUCAUGUUGCCAAUAAAGAAUGGAACCAAUGAAGAUCCAUCUAAACAACUUUGGUUUUUUAAUUCAGAUGGGACUAUUGAAAAUAUGGCUGCUGGCAAGGUGAUUGACAUCUCUAGUGGCAUUGGUGGAACUGAUCUAAUCAUUUGGUCCAAAACUGGAGGAGCAAAUCAACAAUGGGUAGUCAAUGGAACAUGCAUUUACUGUCCAGUCGCUGGGAAAGCCAUCGAUAUCCCAGGACGAAAUACUACAGCUGGUGCGGCUCUUAUUGUAUGGUCACCGAAUGGCAGCGUGAAUCAGCAAUGGUACCUUGUUCCAAAGUUUCUUUGA